AUGUCGCAACUGCAGCAGAGCGAUAAAAUCCGGGUGGUUGUAUUGCCUCAGGAGGACGGAACGGCCGGUGCUCCUGGCCCCGACAGAAUACUAACAGGUCAUGUGUUGGUCUCUGAGGGUGCAUUCGAGGGUGUUGAGCGUGUUGAGGUCCAGUACCGCGGUGUCGAGGUAGUUGGCGGGACGCUGGAGGACUACGACGAUGACAGUCUAGAUGGGCUGCAGCCGCGCAAGGGCGUGCGCGCGCUGAACAAAGUUUACUUUGACGAGCGCCUUGUGGUAUGGCAGCAGAGCAAGGAAGUGAAGAGCGACGACAAUGCCAAGGACACCUCAGACAUGAACCUUCCAUUUUCAAUUGCCUUUCCCUGCGCCAACUACCCGACAGCUGUCAAGAGCGUGUGCGUAUCGGCUCCGUCGCAGAGUUUUGAAAUAGCUUACCAUAUUGUUGGAUGGUUGGUUGGUCCCAAUGAGACCGUAGUGGGGCGUGUUUCCGAGCCCGUAUCCUUCGUGCCGUUGCUCAAUUGCCAGCCGUCGCCUAUUUUGCUGGCGCCAGUGACGCGCACAGGGUAUGAUGAUCGCGGGAAGGAGUGCCUGGUGACACGAGUCACUUUGUCGCAGACCGACUAUAUGCCGGGUGAUCAGGUUGUCGGCGGCGUACAUAUCGAGUGCCUAAAGUCCAACCGCACGAUCCGCAAGGCUGAGAGCCAGCUGCGGCAGCGCGUGGAGUGCCGGAUGCGCCGGACGUUCAGUUCGGCGGAGACCGCUGAGUUUAUCGCCAGUGGGUCCCGCCCGGCAUCUGCACGGCCGCCGUCGGAAUCCGACGAGUCCGAUGUGCUCUGGUGCCGGUAUAUUGAGAUUGGCCAGGUGAAUCCGCUCAAGCUGACGAAUAUUGCGGUCGGGCUGGCGGCUAACGCGGCAUCGGCGGCGGCAGCGUCCGCUUGCUCGCUGAGCAUGAGUCAGCAGGCCAGCGCAUCCUCUGUGACUAAUGCGUCGCAGGUCAGCGAGAUGGGCGCCGAGGGCGGUGGUCUGGCUAAGCGCGAUAGUGGGAUUAUUCGCUCAAUGACAACCAAGACAUCAGGGAACCGGUCGUGCAGCGCCAAUGUGCAUACGAAUGUGCCGGUGUCGACGCAUAUUAUCCCGGGACAUUUCCUCCUGUUCUCCUACGAGCUACUCAUUGAAGUCACCAUGCUUGUCGGGGAUGGCAAAUGGCCAGGGGCGUCUGAGUCCAAGGUUGGGCGUUUUUCAGUCGGUGCAUUUACCAGUGUCUCGGCCGCUGUUGUCGUUGCCGUUGCUGUUUCCAAGGAGGAUCUGGUGGAGAUCAAGGAUGAGGGCAGUAGCAAUGUCCGGUACAGCACGUUCAAGCCUGUUCCGGUGCCCGCUGCUCAUCGUGAUAACAGUAGGUCGGAGAGCGUCGAUAUUGGGAAUGGAGACGCUGAGGUUGGAUGUGUGGCAACGGUGGCGCCAUUGCCCAAUGCUGUCGAACAGCUGAGGUUUAGAUGCAAGUCGUCGCUGGCGUUUGUGCCAAAGAUUUUUGCGCCUGCAAUUGAGACUGACAUCGCAGUAGAGUCCGAUGUCAAGGCCGAUGUCAAGGUUGAUGCUGAUGCAGAGGCAAGCGCAGUAAAGACUGAUGCAGUCGUUGCUGAAGCCGAUAAGCCAGAUACUGUUGCUAUUGAUGUUGCUAUUGCUGUUGCUGAGGGUGGCGCGGAGCCCGUGGAAUCCGCCAUCGAGGAUGUCGCUGCUCCAGCCGCCUUGUCGGACGACUCGAGCAACGUUGACGAAGCGCGCAGUGUCUCCAACCAGGAUAUCGGGGCAAUUACGGCCACUGAUUUUGCCACUGCUGCUUUUGCCGCAGCCUCUGCCGCCAUUGCCUCGGCUGCCAUUACCACCACAGCCAUCGAGCCCAUUGAUGAGGAGAAUGCGCAGCUUCCACAAAAGCGCGAUAGUAGCACCAGUAACAAUAGCAACGACAGUGGUACGGCGGACAGUGGUAUUCAGGAGACCGAUGUAAACGCGGACAGGCAGAGUUGCAGUGGAAGUUCGAGCGACUUUGAUCUUGCCGGGGCAGUGUACGCGGCGGCGGAGAAAGUACUGAAUGAUAAGGAGUGGGACCGGCCGGUCAGCUACUAUGUGGCAAGCAGCGGUGUUUCUGGUGCAGCAAGCAGUUCCAGAACAGCGGUAUCCCUGUAA